AUGGCUGACGAAAAUUCAACGAAACAAACAGAAGAUCAAGAAUUAAACGAUUUAUUAGACAGUGAGUAAUUACAAUAUUACGAAGGACUUAUGAUAAAAGUAAACAUAAUUUAAAAAUUCUAACCCCAAAUUACGUAAAUGUUUAGCUUUACAUUUUUUCGUUUAUUCAACAUUUUCGUUGAAUGAAUUUUCUUACAAUUUUACGUAGAGAAGUGUAAACUUUGUUAACUUCGUUAAGAGAAGAAGGCAAACGAGAGAAGUGUUGUUUUAUGAUGACAUCAAUGACGAUAAAUCAAUGACAAAAUGCUGUGUUUUUAUUAUUAUAUAACUUGCAAGACUUUUACAUUAAACGUAAAAGAAAAAAAGAAAAAAAAAACUAUCCAAAAUACGUAUCAAAUAUUUGUUUCACGUUAAAAUUAGAAAAUGGUCAUUGUAUGAUAACUGACUCAGGUGCUUUGAAAGACUUCAACAAAGAACAAAAGUCAGAUAAAGAGGAUGUGUGCAAAGGAGAUGCUUUUGAAUCCACGACAGACGAGAAUACAGCUAAUAUUUCAGAAGAUGCUUGGACUACAGAUUUUGUUAAACAAGCAGCGGAACAAUUUGUGGAAAGUCUACGAAAUUUUAUUCAAAAUGAAACAGAUAGCGAAUUGGGAGUUUCUUCUCAAAAAAUGGCACAGGCAGAUGUUAAUGCGAUAAAUGACGAAGACAUCUUUGAUAAAGAUAGUGUGAGUACAGACUUUCAAUCUGCCAUUGCACGGGCGUUAAAUGACUUGUCUGCAACAUCCGAAAAUUUACAGAGUGAGGCUGAUUUAUCUGAAAUGUUUGGACUAACAUCCUUGGAAGAUGGACCCGGUGCCAUUCCACCAUUCGUGCAAGGAAUGCUACAGCAAUUACUGUCAAAAGAAAUUUUCUAUCCAUCACUGAAAGAAUUAGUGGAUAAAUAUCCUGAAUGGUUAGAAGAGAAGAAGACGACAAUAUCAUCGAGUGACCUUCAGAGGUUUACGAAACAACUAGAGUUAAUGCAGCAGGUGUGUAUCGAACUCGAUAAGGAAAAAGACUCCGAUACCGAAGAAGUGAAAAAGAAACGUUUUGAAACGAUAAUAUCACUCAUGCAAGAAGUACAAGCUUGUGGUCAAUUACCCGAAGAAUUGAUAGGUGAACAGACAACACUUUUUCAAAGUGGUGCCGAAGGCGAAACUAUGAUUCCAACGUUACUACGUAGCAUGGAAUCUCCGCAAAACUGUUGCCUAAUAUAGUACUUUUAUGCCGUCUUGAUUAUCGCAUAUGUGCAAUUAUCUCUUUAAUUAUUCUCUACGGUUUCUCCGCACCUCUCCUCUUAAGAGACAUUAUUAUUUUUGCCCCUCUGGAGAUACCCACCAACAAAGCCCCGGUGGUGGUGUGGCGAUGGUGGUGCAGAAUCACAUCUUUCCUUGUUCUUAUUUGGGAUUUGAUCGUAUGUCGAUAUCUUCUCGGAUCAACAUUUCCAGCGACUUUGCGAAGAUUAAGAGAAAGGGGACAGGAUUUGAGCUUGGGGCCUUCGUGUUGUUCGACUAAAGAUGUAAAUGACAUGAAACGGACUAGAAAUUACACGGAAGAAAGGGCCGCAACUCCUGGUAAAACUUUUCCUUCAAGAAGUUCUAAGCUUGCACCACCACCGGUGCUCACAUGGCUUACUUUAUCUUCAGUUUUCCAUUUAGCAGCGCACGUGGCUGUAUCACCGCCGCCAAUUAUGGUGAUAGCACCGCGUGAUGUUGCCUCUACUACGUUGUCCAUUAAACUUUUUGUGCCUUUACUGAAAUUUUCAAAUUCAAAGACACCUGCCGGGCCAUUCCAUACGAUUAAAAAGAACGUACCACUAAAAGAGUCUCUCGAUUUUGGUCCAACGUCAAGUCCCAUCCAACCAUCAGGUAUACCAUUUUCUACAUCAGCUGCACCAACAGCUGCAUUUUCUGCAAAUUUGUCUGCAGUAACGAAAUCGAUCGGCAAAUGUAUUUGAACUUUAUUUUUCUCAGCUUUCGAUAAUAUGUCAUUGACGAUUUUUGCGCCUUCUUCAUCAAAUAAUGAAUUACCAAUCUGA